UGUACCGCAUGACUAAAUUGAAGCCCCAAAACAGAUGUCCAGUUCAGUGCCGUUCCUCAACUCGUGCCGGUAGGGCAAAUCAGCUGUGCUGCUUGUGACGAGAAUGGGCGUAUUCCCGAAGAGUUUGUUUGUGUUCUUGAUGAUAUGGAUUUCAUCGACGACCAGUAAUUUCCAAGAGUCCAACGAUAUUCGAGAUGCUGUGGAAACCGAGGAAGAUGUUGGUAAAUAUCAGCCCACAUGGGUCAGCCUAGAUUCGAGACCUCUGCCGAAAUGGUAUGACGAUGCUAAGAUUGGCAUAUUCAUUCAUUGGGGCGUUUACUCUGUGCCAAGUUAUGGAUCGGAGUGGUUCUGGAUCAAUUGGAAAGGCUACAAAUAUGAUGAGUAUGUCAACUUUAUGGAAAACAAUUACAAACCGGGCUUCACGUACCAGGAUUUCGCCGGUGACUUUACCGCGGAACUUUUCAACGCCACCGAGUGGGCGGAACUGUUUGCCAAAUCCGGCGCGCGCUAUGUUGUUCUGACAAGCAAACACCACGAGGGUUACACUUUGUGGCCAUCGAAGUAUACCUACAGCUGGAACUCGGCUGACAUAGGUCCCCAUCGGGACAUCAUUGGUGAACUUUCGACCGCCAUUCGGAAGAACACAAAGCUCACCUUUGGUCUGUACUAUUCGCUGUUUGAGUGGUUCAAUCGACUGUACAACGAUGAUAAGUUGCAUGCCUUUCUGAAAAGCGACUAUGUCGACACCAAAGUGUGGCCUGAGUUGAAAGAGAUGAUCAAUAUGUACAAGCCGGAAAUUCUUUGGAGCGAUGGUGACUGGGAGGCACCCGAUGAGUACUGGAAGGCGAAAGAGUUUUUCACUUGGUUGUACAACGAUUCACCAGUGAAGGAUACCGUUGUGACGAACGAUCGCUGGGGAAUGGGAACGCUGUGUCUGCAUGGAGAUUUCUACACUUGUUCGGAUCGAUACAACCCUGGAGUGCUCCAGCCGCACAAGUGGGAGAAUGCAAUGACAAUCGAUAAGAAAAGCUGGGGUCACCGACAGAAUGCUAAAUUCGAGGAUUUCAUCACGUCGGAUGAACUGAUUGGAGAGAUCGCAACUACGGUGAGCUGCGGCGGAAACAUUAACAUCAAUGUUGGUCCUUCGAAGUAUGGAACCAUCGAUCCGAUAUUUGUGGAACGAUUGACCGAUAUGGGACGGUGGCUCAAAACAAACGGGGAGGCAAUUUAUAAAACUAAACCCUGGAAGUAUCAAAACGAUACCCUCACAUCGGAGGUUUGGUACACCUCGCGGGGUGUUCAGAGUGGGGAAGAGCUGGUAGAAUUUACAAAUGUUUAUGCCAUUGUUCUCAACUAUCCGUACAAGACGAACAGUGUGCUAUUGGGUGCCUUCGAUAAGCAUUACACGGAUAUUAUUCAAAUUACUAUGUUGGGAUUUAACACUAGUCUGAAGUACACACCUACGGAGACUGGUAUACUAGUAGACUUCCCGGUAAAAAAUGAGAUUGAUCGUCUGAGGCUAGACUACGCUUGGACUUUGAAGAUAGUGCUGUCAACCAAAAAAUAAAAAUACUGCAACGAACACUAUAUGAAUAGUUAUUCCAACCCGAGGAAUAAAACGUUUUCGGAAUAACUCAUUUCGUAUGGAAUUGAAAUCUAAUGUCAGAAUAUCAUUAACGAGGGUUGGUUCCUUAUAUGUGUACUAUCUCUGCAGAACUUUUCUUAAAUUUUCAAUUUUUGAAGCAUUUCAAAAUUACUCACUUAUUUUAGAGACUGUGUCUGUGAGUCUAAAAUGAUGAUUUCCAUGUGAAAACAUAGAACAAUCUAAU